AUGCCUUCUCCUGCGGCAGGCAGAACCUCAAAUGUCCCAGAGACACCCACAAAGACCGGCAAGAACCCCGCUUCAUCAUCUACUUCCAAGCUUACUGGUGAAGGCACUCCUGGUCGGAAACCGCCCAAACUAGGCACCUCGAAGGCAACACCAAAGAAAUUGUCGGAGUCAGAAUCUCCUAAACCCAAGCCCACCGAGGACGUCACCAAACCCCUGGAAGAAAAGGGCGAGGAUGUCAAGGAGGAAGCCCAAGAAGGAAUCAGCAUGAAAGACACGGAAGAGCCUGGCGGUAAGAUCAGCCAACCCGGCGACGACACUGGCGCCGAAACCAGCGAGCUCUCCGAAGCCAACCCCGAGCCCAUCCCUGAAGACGAUGACGACGAGGAGGGCGAGGAAGAAGGAGAAACAGUCCGCGGCGGCAGAGAUGCUGCUAAAGACGAGGGCACCGAGGGAGAGGAGGAGGAGGAAAUCGCGGAAGAAGGUGAUGCCGCCGAGGAGGCCGAGGACGAGGCCGAAGGCAAAGGAAAGGGUGCUCUUGGUGGACUCGGAAAGGCCACCAGCGGUGUGGUCGGCGCCGGCAAGAAAGUCGCUGGCCGCGUUGGUGGUGCCAAAGACACUGCUACUGGCGCCGUCGGCAAGGCCUCCCAAGGCGACGUACAAGGUGCCGCAGAAGGUACGGCUGCCGACGUCAAGGAUACGGCCGAAGAUACUGCUGGGGACGUCAAAGAUACAGCUGAAGACACGGCGGAGGACGUAAAGGAGACAGCCGAGGAUGUCCCGAAGGAUACUGGAGACGUGCCCGAUGUCAAAGAGACCACAAAUGGCGUCAAAGGCCACGCCGAGAAGGUGGCUGACGAUGUCGAGGAGACCGCAGAAGAAGGAGUCGAAGGUGCAACCGAGGGGCUGCCUGUCGACUUGUCCAUCCUGAAGGGUCUCAAGGUCAGCGAAAACGGAGACAUCAAAGACAAGGCUGGCAACGUGGUCGGCAAGCUCGACGAGGGUGAUCCCGCCGAUCUCGAGGGAUAUGAAAUUGGCGAUGACGGUGAAAUUCUCGAUGAAGAUGGUGACGUCGUCGGUCGUGCUAGCGUCAUCCCAGAGAAAGCUCAAGAGCUCGCUGGCGAGGCCACGGAAGGAGCCGACGUUGAGGGCGCAGUCAAUGGCGUCCACGAAACUGCAGAGGGCGCCCAGGAUCAGGCAGAAGAGGCGGUCAACGGUGUCAAGGAUACUGCAGAAGAAGCUGUGGAGACGUAUCUUCCUGACCUGAACGUCCUCGAUGGCCUGGAGGUCCAAGAGAAUGGAGACAUUCUGGACAAAGACGGCAAUGUCCUUGGCAGAAUCACUGAGGGCGAUCCCGCAGACCUGGUCGGCAUGACAGUAAAUGCUGACGGCGAAAUUCUGGACGAGGACGGUGACGCGGUGGGUCGUGCAGAGACUCUUCCCCAGCCAGUCAAGCAAGCCGUUGAAGAAGUUGCGGGCGAACUCCCUGGUCUCGAAGCACUUGAAGGUCUAGAGGUACAAGAAGAUGGCGCGAUCAAGGAUCAAGCUGGCAAAACCUUGGGCAAGAUCACCGAAGGUGACCCAGCAGACUUGAUUGGGAGAACUCUCAAUGCUGAAGGUGAAGUCUUGGAUGAAGACGGCGACGUAAUUGGCCGUGCAGAAAUCGUGCCCGAAGCCGCCGAAGCCCUGCAAGACAAGGUGGACGGCGUUCAGGAGGAAGCCAAACCAGAAUUUGUCCAAGAGGCAUUCGAAAAGGUGGAAGGCCUUCAGGAUCAACUGAAACCCAAUCUCACGAUCGUCGAAGGCCGCAAACUCAACAAGAAGGGCACUAUCCUCGAUGACGAAGGAGAGGUCCUGGCCAAACUCGUGGAAGGCGAUACAAAGGCUUGCGCCGGUAAAGUUCCCAACGAGAAUGGCGAGAUCCUCGAUAAAGACGGUAAUGUCAUUGGUCGUGUUGAGGUUGUCUUGGGCGAGGCUGCUGAAGAAGCCAUGAAAGAACUCCACCCCGAAUUAGUUGAACAGCUCGAGGAAGCGCAGCAAGCCGCAGAAGAGGCCGAGAAGCAGGCCGAGGAAGCUGGCGACCAGGCCGAUGUUGCUGGCAAAGCCGCAGAUGUCGCUGAAGGAGCGGCUGAUGAAGCCAAAGAGGCGGCUGAGACAAUCACCAAGCCAGACUUCGCUCAACUCGAGGGCCUCAAGGUCAACAAGAAAGGUCAAGUUGUCAACGAAGACGGUGAUCCCAUUGCCAAAUUGGCCGAAGGAUUUGACCUUGAUGCUGUCCGUGGCAAGAAGAUCAACGAGAACGGCGAAAUUCUGGAUAAGGAUGGAAAAGUCAUCGGCAGAGUUGAGUUCAUCCCUGAGGCUGUCGAAGAGGGCAUCGUCGAGACUAUCGAAGAAGCUGCUCCUGAAGUACCCGAAACUUCGAUUCUCGAAGGCCUCAAGGUCAACAAGAAGGGUCUAGUACUCAACGAGGACGGUGACGAGAUCGCGAAACUCGUUGAAGGUGAUCUUGCCGCCGUUGCUGGCAAGAAGCUAAACGACAAGGGUGAGGUUCUCGACAAGGACGGCAAUGUCAUUGGCAAAGUUGAGAUGAUUCCUCAAGAAGUUGAGGAGGAAGUUGAAGAGGCUGCCGAGGAGAUUGACGAUGGUCUGCCUCCUCUAUCCAUCCUUGAAGGUCUUAAGGUCAACAAGUCUGGCAAGAUUGUCGACAACAACGGCAAUAUUGUCGGCGAAUUGGUUGAAGGUGAUGCCAAGAAACUCUGGAAGGCUGGUACAGCCUGCGACGACCAAGGACAAUUCUGGGACAACAAAGGCCACGUCAUUGGCCGUGCAAAGACCUUACCUCAGGAGGACAAGGAAGAGGAAGCCGAGUUUGCAGGUCUUGAAGGCCUCACUGUUGUGGCUGACGGUUGGGUCGAAGAUGAGAACGGCAACAGAGUAGGCCGCAUCGUCGAAGGAGACCCGAAGAAGCUUGUCGGUCGUGCUGUUGAUGAAGACGGUGACAUUAUCGACAAACGAGGAAACGUUGUCGGACACGCUGAGAGAUACGAGGAGCCUGAGCCAGAACCAGAACCAGAAGAAGAGAAGAUCGAUCUCUCCGAACUGAAGGGCCUGACAUGCAACAAGCAAGGUAAUGUCAUCGGACCUGAUGGUGUCCCUAUUGGUCGCCUGGUUGAAGGCAACCCCAAGGAACUUGCAGGCCGCAGGAUCGACGAGAAUGGCCAGAUCUGGAAUGAUCAAGGUCACGUUGUCGGCCGCUGCGAGCUCAUUCCACCCAACGAGCGUGAAGCCAAGCCUGAAGGACCUUUUGCUGGCCUCGAGGGACUCGUUGUUGUCAAGGACGGCUUCGUCGAGGAUCACGAAGGCAACAUUGUCGGCCAGGUGGUCGAAGGAGAUUGGAAGAAGCUCCUUGGUCGCGGGGUCGACGAAGACGGUGACAUCAUUGACAAGUAUGGAAAUGUCAAGGGCCACGUCGAGCCAUAUGAGGUCCCCGAAGAGGAAGUCGUCGAGGAAGACCUCUCCAGUCUCGCCGGGAAGACUGUCAACAAACAAGGCAAGGUUGUGGACGAACAUGGAACGAUCUUCGGUGAAGUUACCGAGGGUGAUGUCAAGCGUCUUGUCGGAUGCAAGGUGGACGGAAAAGGUCAAAUCUGGUCCAACGAUGGCAGAGUCAUCGGUCGCGCAAGACUCAUUGCGGGCGGUGAUGACGGUCGUGCUGAAGGACCCUUCUCCAACUUCGAGUCCACGACUGUCGACAAGGAUGGUUUGGUCAAGGACGCCAGCGGAGAAAUCAUCGGUCGUGUCACCGAAGGUGACAUCAAGAAAUUGGUUGGUCGCAAGGUGGAUGACGACGGAGACAUCACCGACAAGAACGGCAACGUCAUUGGCCACGCUGAACGAUGGGAACCAGAGCAGAAGGAGCGAGAAGUCUCGCCCAUGUCUGGCCUACGCGUGAACAAGGAGGGUGAAGUUCGUGACCGCAACGGAGAUGUCAUCGGAAGAUUGACAGAUGGCAAUUUGCUGGCUUGCAUUGGCAAGGAGGUCAACGACAACGGCUAUGUCGUCGAUCAAGACGGCAACAAGAUCGGAGAGUGCACCUUGCUCGAGAACAUCCCGGACGAGGAAGAAGUUGAGGAGGGACCAACGCCCGAGCAAAUGAAAGAGGAAGAGGAGCGUGAGGUUGCAAAGAAGAUCUCCAACAUCAUCAACCAGACGCUGGAGAAGAUGGAGCCUAUCUGCAAGCAGAUCACAGAGCUUGUCGAGAGAGCAGACCGUACACCCAAGGAGGAGCUCGACGAAGAAAAACUCGUGCAAGAUGUCAAGCCUCUUAUCGAAGAAGGUUCCCGCAUCCUCGGCGAAUGUAACGGUGCAAUCCGUGGUCUGGAUCCUGACGGCCACAUUGCAGCCAACGCCAAAGCAAAGGCUGCCAGCGGCGAAGCUUCUCCUGAAGAGUACCGCGUCGCUGAAGGAUUGAAGGAACUUACGACCCAGGUUGUCAAGACCAUCGACAACGCCAAGAAGAAAAUUGCGGACAUGCCGCAUGCAAAGAAGAAGCUGAACCCACUUUGGGCACUGUUGACCGAGCCUUUGUUCCAGAUCAUCGCCGCCGUCGGUUUGCUGCUGAGCGGCGUGCUCGGGCUGGUGGGCAAAUUGCUGAACGGCUUGGGUCUGGGCGGCUUGGUGAGUGGUCUUUUGGGCGGCUUGGGUGUUGACAAAUUGCUGGGAGGUCUGGGUCUGGGAAGCCUAGCGGAAGCUAUGGGGCUUGGUGGUGGAAAGAAGAAGAAAUAG